AUGGAGGCGGCCUUGGCGGAGUUCGAGUGCCUAGGGUCGGCCGGUCCCAUAACCGCGGUGGCGAACGAGUUCCUGCGCGAGCAGACCCCGCACAACGAGAACGAGUCGGAAGAGCAGCUCCGCCGCCUGUUCAACCCCGCCUCCUACGCCCUCCCCGUCGGCCCGCCCGUCUCCGCCGCCGCCAGACUCUUCGCCCUGCCACCCGACGACGACGUCGACCGUGUCAGCCGCCUCCCCGACGCGCUCCUCCGCGACGUCGUCUCCCGCCUCCCCGUCAAGGACGCCGCGCGCACGGCCGCGCUCUCCCACCGCUGGCGCGGGGUCUGGCGCUCCACGCCGCUCGUCCUCCACGACGCCGACCUCCUCCCCGACACCUCCGCCGUGUCCCUCGUCCUCGACGCGCACCCGGGGCCCUUCCGCUGCGUCCACCUCACCAGCACCCGCUCGCAGGGCUUCCGCGGCCUGCUCGCGCGGUGGCUCCGGCUCCUCGCCGCCAAGGGCGUCCAGGAGCUCGUCCUCAUCAACUGCCGCUGGCCGCUCGACUACGUCCUCCCCGCCAGCCUCCUGGGCCUGACCACCCUCACCCGCCUGUAUCUCGGCAUGUGGAGGUUCCCCGACACGGUCGGCCUCCCGCGCGCCACCUGCUUCCGCAAUCUCCGUGACCUCGGCCUCCACAACGUCCUGGUGGAGAGAAGGGAUCUGGACUUCAUCCUCGACAGGAGCCCCGUGCUGGAGACGCUCUGUGUCCAGGGCAAUGUGCUCAAGCUUCGCAUCCGGCUCGUCAGCCAGAGCCUCCGGUGCGUGAAGAUCAUCGGGUGCUUCAUCGAAGAGAUAUUCGUGUUGGACGCCCCAAAUCUUGAGCGGUUCAUCUAUUUUGAUGCUUGGCACCCUGUUGGCAACUGCACCACCACGGUCAAGAUCGGCCAUGCCCCCAAGCUGCACUUGUUGGGAUACUUGGCUUUGGACCCACGAAAGCAUGUCCUAGAUGUGGGCAACACCAUCAUCAAGGCUGGGAUAGGGAUGAGCCCAAGCACCAUGCUACCAGGUGUGAAAAUCCUGGCUUUGGAGGUGCGUUUCGCAGUCCGCAAUGAUGUCAAGAUGAUCCCCAAUGUCCUCAGAUGCUUUCCGAAUGUCGAGGCACUCCACAUCAUGUCUGGAAAAGAUGAUCAAUCUACUGGCAAGCUCAACCUGAAGUUCUGGCACAAGUCCGGUGUCAUAGAAUGCAUACGGUCGCGCAUAAAGCUGCUGGUUGUCCGGGAUUUCAAAGGGGGGCGAAGCGAGAUGGCCUUCCUCAAAUUCUUCUUUCAGACUGCGUUGGUGCUGGAGGAGGUGGUGAUUCUGUUGCCCGAUGAUCCGACGGAUCAUAUGUAUCGCAAGGUGGUGUCCCUGAGGCACAUCGAACGGGCCAGUGAAGCGUCCUUACUGUGGGCAAGCAAGUCUGUUCCUCGAGGCUUCCUUCGGAGCGUCGAGAGAGCAUCUGAUUUCUCCCUCGACGACCCUUUUGCCAACUACUGUCGCAUUGGGUUGCAUCGCCUCGGCUAUCAUCAUGAGGACUCAUGUACAGAGUACAUUAUGAAUUUACAAAGCCCUCAAGCAGUACAUCAUGAAGCAAUUGCAUAA